GGAUUAGCAGAAGCUUUCCUUUGCCUUGCGCGUCCAUAUAAAGUAGGAGGAUUGGAAGCGAUCCAGAACUUGCGUCACUAGCUAACAAACAAGGUUCCACCCUGUUGAGUAUUGACGUCAAUAACAAUUAAAUUCAGCAAAUCCGAACUCGAGGUUGCCAAACCUCAUCACGAACGGUUCUGUAACGUACCCAGAAUCAGCUGUUAGUCGUCAAACUAAUGAUUUUGUGACGAUUGUGUUGCUGUUCUCUGUUGUUUACAUAUAGUAAGGAGUAACUCAUUCUUUUUAGAGUACCGAAGUUAUACGCAAGAAUUGUGAAUUUUCAUCAUGGCUUCAUCGAAGCCGCCCAAAACAAGGAGAAUCCGUAUGCCUGGCACUCCUCGACCCUCGGGAGGUGAUGAUUUUGGCGCAGGAUUUCUAUCGCUUUCGUUUGGUCGAACUGAUACCAUGGAAGGCGCUGAUCCUGUUUCUAUUCUACCACCAGCGUUUCGCAGCAGGCUAUAUGGCCUCUUUAAUCAGAUUGAAAGGGAGUUUGAAGCACUCUACUCUGAGAACCUGCUAUUGCAGGAAAAGGUUGAUUCUCUCAGUGAACGUACUGAUAGGGAUGGGGUUGUAGGAGAUAGAGGUGGCCUAGAUCAAACAGAUUUUGAUUCCUUCUUCACCCGAAAUUUGCUAAAACAGAAAUCUAGCACAGGUAGUGCUCAGAAAAUGAAACCAAGCCAUAGAUUAAAAGCACAAACAAGCAGGAUUGUUUCCAGUUUCAAAGCCCCAGCCAUCACUUGUGCCCUGUCACGCCAAUUUCGUGGUCACAGAGAUGGAGUAUGGGAUGUGACUACUUCAAAAACUUUCCCACUAGUUGGAUCUGCUUCAGCAGAUGGAACAGCUUGCAUUUGGAGUACAGAGUCUAGCCGUUGCCUACUUCAGUAUCAAGGGCAUAAAGGUUCAGUAAAUUCCAUGAGGUUUCAUCCUACCAAGGAUCUCGUUAUGACGGCAUCGGGUGAUCAGACAUGCCACUUGUGGCAGGCAGCAAUUUCACCCGAACAGAUGUAUUCGCAGCAAAAGGGGCUCUCUUCGGAAGAAGAAGUGGAAACAUCCGAAAGGGAGGAUAACCUAGGGCCAGCAGAUGAGGAUUACACACUUCCGCUUGGUCCUUGGGCGACCUUACGUACUCCUGUUUGCGAAUUGGUCGGUCACACGAAUGCCGUGAUUGCAGCUGACUGGAUUGCCGGCGGCGAUCAAGCUGUCACGGCCUCCUGGGACCGUACUGCAAAUAUUUGGGAUGUAACAACGGGAGAGCUCCUCCAUCAGCUUGUCGGACAUGACCAAGAACUUACUCAUACUUCAGCGCACCCGAUCCAGCGACUGGUUGUCACUGCGUCAAAGGACACAACAUUCCGUCUUUGGGAUUUCCGCGACCCAAUACAUUCAGUCUCAGUAUUUCAAGGACAUUCGGAGGUUGUAACAUGUGUAACUUUUACACGAGAAGAUAAGGUAGUUUCGGGAUCGGAUGAUCGGACCGCUAAGGUAUGGGAUCUGCGCAACAUGCGUUCCCCACUGGCCUCUAUUCGCUGCGAAAGCCCUGUAAACAAGGUCUCUGUUUCGCCGUCCAAUGUUAUCGCUGUCCCUCUAGACAACCGUAAUGUACUUCUCUUUGAUCUCAACGGCCAGAGACUCGCUCGCCUUCCGCGGAGCAAUCGCACGGGUCAUCGACGUAUGGUCUGUGCCACUGCAUGGGGGGAAGAGAACAUCAACACUCGUUGCAAUCUCUUUACUUGCGGAUUCGAUCGGAUGGUUUACGGUUGGAAUGUUCAACCAAAUAAGGAAUUUAAAGAUUGAAGAAGCUCAUCGAAGUUCGCAUUGAGCGAUUAACAUAACUCUUUAAUAAAAGUUUUCUUGGUAACAUUGUUGCAUUAUUUAAAGAACUAAAAAGCUUAUUUUUUUCUGUUUUGAUGUUUCGUGUAAAUCUAACUUAGAGAAAUUAGCACCAGAUGUCGUCUGAAAAUGUUUACUAAAAUGAGGGUGCUAGGAAGUCUAAUACAAAGAUGUGUCCAUCAA